AAAGAAAACAAGGGAGAUAUCCAGCCUGGCAGGGGAAAGGCAUCUGCAGCCACGGGAGAGGGGAGACUGAACUUUGCGCUGCAAGAAGGAAGGGCUCUGUGCUCAGGGAAAAAGGAAAGUUGAACUGAAGAAGAUAGUUCAUUCAGUCAAGGCUCGGUGGAGAAAAACUCCCCACGCUUACCCUCCCUGCCUGCAAAAAGAGCCCCACUCCCUUCACCCCAGAGGAGUCCCCCCGGCACCAUGAACAUCUUCCGCAUCCUGGGGGAUGUCUCCCACUUGCUGGCCAUCAUUAUUCUGCUGCUGAAGAUCGUUAAGUCCAAGUCCUGUGCUGGAAUCUCUGGGAAGAGUCAGAUACUUUUUGCCCUCGUCUUCACAACCCGCUACCUGGACCUGUUCACGAAUUUCAUCUCUGUCUACAACACUGUGAUGAAGGUCAUUUUUUUGAUUUGUGCCUACGUCACCGUGUACAUGAUCUACGUGAAGUUCCGGAAAACGUUUGACAGCGAGAACGACUCCUUUCGCCUCGAGUUCCUGCUGGUCCCUGUCACAGGCCUGUCAUUUCUGGAGAACCACAGCUUCACCCCCUUGGAGAUACUCUGGACCUUCUCCAUCUACCUGGAGUCUGUGGCUAUCCUUCCUCAGCUCUUCAUGAUCAGCAAGACCGGGGAAGCAGAGACCAUCACGACACACUACCUUUUCUUCCUGGGCCUCUACCGUGCUCUCUACAUUGCCAACUGGGUCUGGCGCUACCACACAGAGAAUUUCUAUGACCAGAUCGCUGUCGUUUCUGGGGUGGUACAAACCAUCUUCUACUGUGACUUCUUCUAUCUCUACGUCACCAAAGUCCUGAAAGGAAAGAAGCUAAGUCUUCCCAUGCCUGUUUGAAGACAUCCCACAGGCAGGGCAAGAAACUCCAAAGAUGAAGCCGUUUAAGAUCACAGCUUUCCUUCCCUGGCCCUUUUAGACUAAGGAUGGCUCAGCCGAGUUUCAACCUAGUGCCAGGAAGACAAUGCUUGGAAAACUGAAAUGCUUUUCAUCCAUCAGACUCUUCCCUUCCAUUUUUUUAUUUCUUCUCACUUGAAUUUGGUGCUAGUGCUGGCCAAUACUGAAGUAGUGCAAUUUCUUCUCUCCCAGAUCUUCCCAGCAUCUAUAUCCAAAACACACCUCCACCCUUACCCCGAGGCAGCACAAGGGAAAUUGUCACUCCCUUUAGUUCUUCAGCAAGUGUCCACGGUAAAGGGAACAUGUAUAAUAAAGUCUGUUAACUGACCCAUUUCACAGGUGGUCACGUCUGACACAGCAGAUGCUACGAACUGUUUAACCCUGUAUGAACUAACACCCUCUUGGAUGUUACUUCUGCCUGACCCUCUCUCUAUUCAGGCCCCGUAACAUUCAAGAGAAACACAGCCUUUGAAUAACAUGAAUCUUCUAUUUGAAUACUUGCACAAGUAUUCAAAUAUCCCCCCCCGCUCACUUAUUUUCAGUUUCCUUGUAUUCUACAAACAGGGACGAUUUCAAUUAAAAUUCAGUGGGUUGCCAAGAAGUGUUUCCAUCUCCUUGAAUUUAAGAACUGGGAAGAACAGGGGCAAAGACAGCUUUAUAUCCCAAAAAUAAAGACAAAGUCCACAAUU